GCAGAACCGGCGACGACGACGACGACGGCGGCGGCGGCGGCGGCGGCAGCGGCGUCGUCGUCGUAGUCGUCGGCGGCGUCGGAGGCAGCCUUAUCCGAGCCAGAGGUGCUGCUGCUCGCUGGGAUCAGUGUCGGAGGCGUCGCCGUCGCUGCUGCUGCUGCUGCUGCUGCUGGGGGUGUCGCGCUCGCAGACGGUCGCGCCAGCCGCUGCCGUCUCGGCUGCGCUCUGCCCACCGGCCCCGGGCCCCGGUUCUCCGCUGCCCCCGGCUCCGCGCCGCCCCCGCCGAUGGAGUCGGCCCUGGCACUGCCCCCGGCGGGCCCCCGUCCGGCGCUUCCUGGCGCAGUCACUCCUGGCCCGGGCCCGCUAGGCGAGUUCUUGCCUCCGCCCGAGUGCCCGGUGUUCGAGCCUAGCUGGGAGGAGUUCGCCGACCCGUUCGCCUUCAUCCAUAAGAUCCGGCCCAUCGCCGAGCAGACGGGAAUCUGCAAGGUGCGGCCGCCCCCGGCCUGGCAACCACCAUUCGCAUGUGAUGUUGAUAAACUUCAUUUUACUCCUCGAAUCCAGAGACUGAAUGAAUUGGAGGCUCAAACUCGGGUAAAACUGAACUUUCUGGACCAGAUUGCAAAGUUUUGGGAGCUCCAAGGAUGUACCUUAAAAAUUCCACAUGUUGAAAGGAAGAUAUUAGAUUUAUUUCAGCUUAAUAGGUUAGUUGCAGAAGAAGGUGGAUUUGAUGUUGUCUGCAAAGAGAGAAAAUGGACCAAAAUUGCCACCAAGAUGGGAUUUGCUCCAGGCAAAGCUGUGGGCUCACAUAUUCGAGCACAUUAUGAGCGAAUCCUUUACCCCUACAAUCUAUUCCAGUCUGGGGCUAGUCUGCUGGCACCUGACAUAUGUUCCAAACUGAUGUGUUUAGUGGAUCAUGGCGUACUGGAAAAGUGUCUCCAGAAACCAAAUCUAACCACAGACACAAAGGACAAGGAAUAUAAACCCCAUGAUAUUCCCCAGAGACAGUCAGUUCAGCCUGUGGAAACGUGUCCCCCAGCACGUCGUGCAAAACGCAUGAGAGCAGAGGCCACUAACAUUAAAACAGAACCAGGAGAGGCUCCAGAAGCCAGAACUCAUAAUCUGAGACGCCGAAUGGGCUGCCCGGCUACGAAGUGUGAAAAUGAGAAAGAGAUUCGGAACAUAAUAAAAAGAGAUACCAUUGAGAAGAAAGAGCAUGCUGGAGAAAUUGAGAAGGAGAAACCCAAGAGUCGGUCUAAGAAAAGCACAAAUGCUGUGGAUCUAUACGUCUGCCUUCUGUGUGGCAGUGGCAAUGAUGAGGACCGCCUUCUUUUGUGUGAUGGCUGUGAUGAUAGCUACCAUACUUUCUGCUUGAUUCCACCUCUUCAUGAUGUUCCCAAGGGAGAUUGGAGGUGUCCUAAAUGUUUGGCUCAGGAGUGUAAUAAGCCUCAGGAAGCAUUUGGUUUUGAACAGGCAGCCAGGGACUACACUCUGCGCACUUUUGGGGAAAUGGCAGAUGCAUUCAAGUCAGACUAUUUCAACAUGCCUGUUCACAUGGUUCCCACAGAGCUGGUGGAGAAAGAAUUUUGGCGUCUAGUAAGCACCAUUGAAGAGGAUGUCACAGUAGAGUAUGGUGCUGAUAUCGCCUCAAAAGAAUUUGGCAGUGGCUUUCCUGUGCGAGAUGGGAAAAUAAAACUCUCCCCUGGGGAAGAGGAAUAUCUUGAUAGUGGCUGGAAUUUGAACAACAUGCCUGUAAUGGAGCAGUCUGUCCUUGCUCACAUUACUGCUGAUAUAUGUGGCAUGAAACUGCCAUGGCUGUAUGUGGGAAUGUGUUUUUCUUCAUUUUGUUGGCAUAUUGAAGACCACUGGAGCUACUCAAUUAAUUACCUGCAUUGGGGGGAGCCAAAAACCUGGUAUGGAGCCCCAGGGUAUGCAGCGGAGCAGCUGGAAGAUGUAAUGAAGAAACUGGCUCCAGAGCUCUUUGUAUCCCAGCCAGAUCUCCUCCACCAGCUUGUCACCAUCAUGAACCCAAACACCCUAAUGGCUCAUGGCGUGCCUGUUUAUCGGACUAAUCAGUGUGCUGGCGAGUUUGUGAUUACCUUUCCAAGAGCCUAUCACAGUGGUUUUAACCAGGGCUUCAAUUUUGCUGAAGCAGUUAAUUUCUGUACUGUUGAUUGGCUGCCAUUAGGCCGCCAGUGUGUGGAGCAUUAUCGGCUGCUGAACCGAUACUGUGUUUUUUCUCAUGAUGAGAUGAUUUGUAAAAUGGCUUCCAAAGCUGAUGUACUAGAUGUGGUGGUUGCUUCAACUGUUCAGAAAGAUAUGGCCAUUAUGAUUGAGGAUGAAAAGACCUUAAGGGAGACUGUCCGCAAAUUGGGAGUAAUCGAUUCAGAACGAAUGGAUUUUGAACUGUUAGCAGAUGAUGAACGCCAGUGUAUAAAAUGCAAGACUACAUGCUUCAUGUCUGGGGUGUCCUGUUCUUGCAAACCUGGGCUGCUGGUGUGUCUCCAUCAUGUAGAAGACCUGUGUUCUUGUCCUGCCUAUAAGUAUAAGCUAGGGUACAGAUAUACUCUGGAUGAUCUAUACCCUAUGAUGAAUGCCCUGAAACUCCGAGCAGAAUCAUAUAAUGAAUGGGCAUUGAAUGUGAAUGAAGCUUUGGAGGCCAAGAUCAACAAUAAGAAAAGCCUUGUGAACUUUAAGGCUCUGAUAGAGGAAUCUGAAAUAAAGAAAUUUCCUGACAAUGAUCUUUUGCGCCAUCUUCGCUUAGUCACACAGGAUGCUGAUAAGUGUGCAUCUGUGGCACAGCAGCUGCUCAAUGGCAAAAGGCAGACUAGGUACCGUUCUGGUGGUGGGAAAUCCCAGAAUCAACUGACAGUCAAUGAGCUCCGACUAUUUGUGAAACAGUUAUACGCUCUUCCAUGCAUUCUUAGUCAAACACCUCUGCUGAAGGAUCUCUUGAAUAGGGUUGAAGAUUUCCAACAGCACAGCCAGAAACUGCUAUCAGAAGAAAUGCCCAGUGCUGCUGAGCUACAGGAAUUGUUGGAUGUCAGCUUUGAAUUCGAUGUUGAGCUUCCACAGCUCUCUGAGUUGCGUGUCCGUCUAGAACAGGCCCGCUGGUUAGAAGAAGUUCAUCGAGCUUGCUUAGAUCCCAGCUCCCUCACCCUGGAUGAUAUGAGACGUCUCAUAGAUUUGGGAGUGGGAUUGGCUCCCUAUCCAGCAGUGGAGAAGGCUAUGGCAAGGCUACAGGAGCUGCUUACUGUGUCUGAACAUUGGGAUGAUAAAGCCAGAAGCCUCAUCAAGGCCAGACCACGACACUCAUUGAACAGCCUUGCAGCAGCAAUCAAGGAAAUUGAGGAAAUUCCAGCAUACCUCCCAAAUGGCCUUGCUCUGAAAGACGCUGUACAGAAAGCCAGAGAUUGGCUUCAGGAAGUGGAAGCCCUUCAGGCUGGAGGACGAGUACCAGUGUUAGACACAUUAAUGGAGCUUGUUUCACGGGGUCGAUCUAUCCCUGUCCAUCUGAAUUCUUUGCCAAGACUGGAGUCCCUAGUGGCUGAGGUUCAGUCUUGGAAAGAAUGUGCAGCCAAUACCUUUCUGAUGGAAAAUUCUCCAUACUCCCUCUUAGAGGUUCUUUGUCCUCGAUGUGAUGUGGGUACAAUGGGGCUGAAGAGAAAGCAGAGAAAAUUAAAAGAACCUAUUCCAAGUGGAAAGAAGAGAGGCACAAGACUGGAGAGUCUGAGUGACCUUGAAAGAGCUUUGACUGAAAGUAAAGAGACAGCUUCUGCGAUGGCAACACUUGGAGAAGCUCGGCUAAAGGAAAUGGAGGCCUUGCAGUCCCUGAGAGCAGCUAAUGAAGGGAAACUCCUUUCACCCAACCAAGACUCGGAAAUCAAAAUCUGUUUAUGUCAGAAAGCCCCAGCUGCCCCAAUGAUUCAGUGUGAACUCUGCCGAGAUGCCUUCCACACAAGCUGUGUGGCUGUGCCCAGUAUCUUGCAAGGUCCCCGCGUCUGGCUCUGUCCCUAUUGUCGGAGAUCUGAGAAACCACCAUUAGAGAAAAUUCUGCCCCUUUUGGCCUCCCUUCAACGCAUCCGUGUUCGCCUUCCUGAAGGAGAUGCUCUUCGAUAUAUGAUUGAAAGAACCGUGAACUGGCAGCACAGAGCACAGCAGAUGCUUUCUUCAGGGAGCCUAAAAUUGGUACUAGACCGAGCGGGGUCAGGACUGUUGUACAGCCGAUGGCAGGCCUCCCCAGGCCAGGUGCCAGAGACAAAGAAGGUUUCACAGACAAUUGGUGCAAUGUCCUUUUCUCUCCCCCUUGACUGGGACAACAGAACCUCCUACUUACACUCUCCCUUUUCAACUGGACGAAGUUGCAUCCCCCUCCAUGGCAUCAGUCCGGAUGUGGAUGAGCUGCUGACAGAAGCCCAGUUGCUCCAGGUGUCUCUGCCUGAAAUUCAAGAAAUCUACCAGACUUUACUCACCAAGCCAAGCCCGCCUCAGCACCCUGACCGAGGUUCCCCUGUUGGACUCACCAGUGAGAAGAAUGACUGCUGCCGGGGGAAACGAGAUGGAAUUGGAAUUCUCGAGAGAAAAUUGAAGAGACGGCUAGAAAGAGAGGGCUUGUCUGUUGAGAGACGGGAACGGAUUAAAAAAACGCGGACCCCUAAAAAGAAGAAAAUCAAACUGAGCCACUCCAAGGACAUGAACAAUCUCAAGCAAGAGAAAGAACGGAGCUACGAACUGGCCCGUCCCACUGAAACUCAGUCCCUGCCCUCAGAUACGUCAUACUCAGAACAAGAGGACUCUGAGGAUGAAGAUGCCGUCUGCCCGGCCGUGAGCUGCCUACAGCCAGAAGGAGAUGAGGUGGACUGGGUCCAGUGUGAUGGCAGCUGCAAUCAGUGGUUUCAUCAGGUCUGUGUUGGUGUUUCUCCAGAGAUGGCAGAGAAGGAAGACUACAUCUGUGUGCGCUGUACUGUGAAGGACGCACCGAACCGAAAGUAAAAAACAAACAAACAAAACAAAACAAUUCAAAAACAAACCCCCCACUUACAUAAUUCAGGACUCCGAGAAGAUUUCUGCAAUUUCUCAGCAAAGCUGCAGGACUGGUAUUAGAGCCAGCCUGUAAACGGUGCUAUUUCUAUUCUUCAUGGGAUCAUUUUUCCAGAACUGUUUGAAAAAAAAAAAAAGAAAAAAGAAAAAACUAACAAAAAAAUUUUUUUUGACACUUUUUGUAUUUUUCCCUUAAGAGCUGUUUGUGGUUGCUGAGGUCUUGAAAUGCUGACUGUUUUUUGCAGGGGUUUCCACCAUUUGAGAAGGGAGUGAAGCUGGCACCUUUUCAUGGACAGCAUUAAAGUCAUACCUCUGUCUGGGAUUUACCGGCUUAAGAGUCCAGCUUGGCGUCAGUGCCCAGAGAGGCACCAGAAAUUCCAGUGAAUCCUCUUUUGAGGAAUCUCUCCUGUUUACUCUGUUACCAUUUGGGGGGAACUUUUGGUUUUUCACUUUGGGGUUUUGGUUUUUGUUUUGCUCUGCUCUCUGACUCCCGCCUCUCCCCUUCCUCUUCCUCCCCAUAGAUUAGGUUUAUUUAUCUGAGCAAUAACUUCUAUGUCUGGUUUCAGUGGCUGGAAUUAAACACGUUCUGAACAGUGUGGUGGUGCUUUAGCGUUGGGUUAAUGUACGGGACGCAGACGUUUAGGCUCUAGUGUCACUGAUGGACUAGUGAUGUAGAAGGGAGACAGCUCUGUAAGUAAUGGCCACAGCUGUAUUUUCGCUUUCUCUUUUUUUCCCCUUGGGGAGGGGGGUAGCUUGUAUCAAAUGUUGCAGUUUAUAUUGUGGAAUAAAUCCUUGGUUAUGAUAUAAUAGUAAAUCUUGGUUAUUCAGAGCCCUUAGAAUGCAGCUUCUCUUCACCUUUUUCCUUCAGCUUGCCUUGCUUUCACCCAGUUAGGCUGCUGUAGAUAAAUCUCCAACCUGCAGGGGCUGGAGAUGGAUUGCUUUUGGUGUGCUGUGCCCUUCCUUCUGCUCUGCUGCACCCCUCACCCCUCCCACCUCUAAAGGGAAGAAGAGAUCCUGUCCUUGAAAGCCAUGCUGUUUCUAUAUAGGCUUUCUCAGAAUGUUGGCAGUCAUGCCUCAUCUCCAGCUUGGCCCCAUCUGAUGAAAUGCUUUCUUUGUAUUUGCUAAAAUUAAGAAGGACAGACAAGGGGUCAGGAAGGAAUCCAAAGGGAUUUCUUCACCACAGAUGGGCCUGGAGAUGUGCACAAUAAAGGAGUUCAGUUUCCAUGGGGCUCAGCACUUAGAAGGUGGGUGCAGCUGCCUUUCCAUUUCUUUUUCCUCCCCACUCAUUUCUUACUAUGGGGUGGAUGGGGUUGGAGGGUGGGGUAUGGGCUCCUGUACCAUUCAUCAUCAUGUCUCUCCCUCUCCCCACAGCCCCAUUAAAGAGCUUUCUUGCUCACUUCCCUUUCUAAGUCCAUUUGGUAACAGUUUUCUCAUUUUGCAGCUAUAAACCUGAGGGAGGGUUAGAACUAGUGGGUUUUCAAAAACAGAAACAAAAACACCCUAGCAGUUUGUGAUGUAGUGGAGAUUAAAUGUACUAGCCCCCUUAUGCAAUUUAAAGAAUUAAAUCUCUUUAUGAACAAC